AUGGCGGGCCCGAGCGGCGGGGCCCGGCGGCUGCCGCUGCCGCUGCCGCUGCUCCUCCGCCCGCCGCCGCCGCCGCCGCCGCACAGCCCGGGGCCGAGGCGCGGGACCGGGGGCUCGGCGGCGGCGGCGGCGGCGGCGGGGCCGGCGCGGCUGAAGGGGCCCGGGGAGCUGCCGGGGCCGGGCGUGCUCCGGACUUUCGUCUGGCUCUUCCUGCGCGGCUACCUGCUGCACACGCACCGGCUGCAGCUGAUGUCCCGGCGCAUUUACGGCCCCAUCUGGAAGUCGACCUUCGGGCAUUACGAGAACAUCAACAUUGGGAGCCCUGAGGUGCUGGAGCAGCUGCUGCGGCAGGAGGGCAAGUACCCGAUGAGGAGUGACAUGGCCCUGUGGAAGGAGCACCGGGACACGCGGCGCCUGCCCUACGGACCCUUCACCGAGGAAGGGGAGCGCUGGUACCGCCUGCGCCAAGUCCUCAACAAGCGGCUGCUGAAGCCCUCGGAGGCGGUGCUGUACGCGGGCGCCAUCGGCGAGGUGGUGUCGGACCUGAUGGUGCGUCUGCGGGACGAGCGGAGCCGCAGCUCCUCGGGGGUGCUGGUGAGCGACGUGGCCAACCUGCUCUACCGCUUCGCCCUGGAAGGAAUCUCCUACAUCCUCUUUGAGACCCGCAUCGGGUGCCUGCAGCGGCAGGUCCCCCCCGAGACCCAGCGCUUCAUCGACUCUAUCAACCUCAUGUUCAAGAACUCCAUCUUCGCCACCGUCCUGCCCCGAUGGACCCGGAAGGUGCUGCCCUUCUGGGACCGCUACCUGGACAGCUGGGACACCAUCUUCGCCUUCGGCAAGACCCUGAUUGACCGUAAGAUGGAGGAGCUGGAGGGGCAGGUGGAGCGGGGCAAGGAGGUGUCGGGCUACCUGAGCUACCUGCUGGCCAGUGGCCGGCUGAGCCUGGAGGAGGUCUACGGCAGCGUGGCUGAGCUGCUGCUGGCUGGUGUGGACACGACCUCCAACACGCUGUCCUGGGCCUUGUACCACCUCUCCCGGGACCCGGGCAUCCAGGAGGCCCUGUACCAGGAGCUGAUGGCCGUCGUGCCCCCCGACCGGGUCCCUGGUGCUGAGGAUAUCCCCAAGAUGCCGCUGCUUCGUGCUGUUAUCAAGGAGACGCUGAGGAUCUACCCCGUGGUCCCCACCAACGCCAGGGUCUUUUGGGAGAAGGACAUCGUCAUUGGAGACUACCUCUUCCCCAAGAACACCCUCUUCGUCCUGGCGCACUACGCCAUGUCCCACGACGAGACCCACUUCCCCGAGCCCGAGCGGUUCCUGCCCCAGCGCUGGCUCCGGGGCCACGGCUCCCCCCACCACCCCUUCAGCUCCAUCCCCUUCGGCUACGGGGUCCGCGCCUGCGUCGGCCGCCGCAUCGCCGAGCUCGAGAUGCACCUGGCUCUGGCGAGAAUCAUCCAGGCGUUCGAGGUGCGGCCGGACCCCCGCGGCGUGGAGGUGACGUCCGUGUCCCGCAUCGUCCUGGUGGCCGACAAGCCCAUCAACCUGGAGCUCGUCGCCCGCCCGGCAGCCCCCUGAGCGCCGCUGCCCCCCCCCCCCGAGAAGGGGCCAAGAGGCAACUGCCCCCCCCCCAGCACCCCGGAGCCCCUUGGCGCUCGGAGACGAGCAGUUGGGCGAGGGGCUCCCGGCCCCGCUGCAGGGAAGCUGGAGGGGCUGAGGGCUGCCCCCCAAGUCGCCCCUGGGGCACUCGGCUCCCCCCUGCGCCCGAGGGCAGCAAGCUCGGGGGCUCGCUGUGCCUUUGGGCCAGCGCAAGGGGCGCGCGCCCGGGCAGCCGGGAGCUCUGCCCGCUGGGCUGGGGGGCGCAGCCCUUCCCUCGCCCCUUCGCCCCGCGGCCGUGGGGCGGCGCGUUGAUCGGUGCCUGCGGGAGCCGGGCCGCCGCGGUCCUCUGUGAAUAGCUGACCUUGGCCACA